AUGGAUAGCAUCCUGAGCAGCAUCGCGGAUGCUCCCAUUAGCGCAGUUGCAAAGAGAAGGGCGUACGAGCUCGUGCUGAAGAUUGUGAAUAAUAUCGUCCAGGCAGCUCGUAGCCAUGACCCUAAUCUGCCGAAGUUCAAGUGGGUAAAGGCACAAAGCGGCUCACCCCUGAGGGAAAGGGUGCUGAACGUGAGCCCUUUGUUCCUCCAGCUGCUGGAGUCGUUGGGUUUUCGGCUUAGGAUUGGCCGGCCUCCGCACGUGCAGACGGGCAACCCUCAGGAGUACAUCGUGCUAGAGGGAACGCUCGAUCUGGAUGCCUUAGCCAGCAAUGCGCAGCUCAUAGAAGCUGUAAUCAGUAGUUUUUCUGGAGACGACUCGUCAGGUCCCUCAGGAGUGUCAGGUUCUCCUCUCCCAACGGCAGGUCGUCAGUCACGGGAAGGCUCGUCUGUUGUUGGAGGCAGCAGCGCCUCUCCGCCAAGGCAGCAGAUUUCCGGCCCUAGCUCGUCAUCCUCGUCAUCCUCCUCCCGCAGGCCAGACCCAGAUGCAGAGCUGGAGGCCAUACGGCAGGAACAACAGGAGCGUUACAGGCAAAGAGGACUAGGGGGCUCUUCAGCAGCACGGCCUUCAUCGACCCGCGGGGAGGGUGACACUGGACAGGAGGACUCGGGGGGUGGCUGGUUUUGGCAAAAGUUUGGCUGGGGAGGAAACAGCAAUAAUGGCAACGACGACAACAAUAACAACAACCGGGGACGCAGCACGUCCUCGAGGAGGCCUCCACCCAGCAACAGGAUGAUGACGCUGCGCGAUCUGCCCAAGCCUCAGCGGAGAGGAUGA